AUGGGCACAGCCGUGAGUUAUUGUUCAUAUUUUGCGCAAGACGCGCCAGUGAUCCUUGGAGAACCCAUCCUCCUCAUGCAGCUGGAACAAGUUCAUGACCGGGCCAAGCUCUCCCACGACAUGUUGGCUGGAGAGAACGCAAGGAACAAAUCCGUCCGAUAUGAAUGCUUGCCCAAAGUGGCGCCUGCCAACCUCUAUGAGGGCCAGGUCAGUGAUGCAGUCAAGCUCCGGGAAGAGUUGCUUGACGAAAUCAUUGAGAAGAUGCAGCACGACACCCUGAGCAUCUUCAAGCAGAAGUUUCCACAGGGCAAGAGAAACGACUCCCGUACUGAUUUGAGAAUCAUGGAGUCGGUAUCGUCGCAUUUGGUGGACGUGGGGUGGGUUGCCAGUGUUGGUGAUGAAUCCACAGAUCACCGCUCCAGUGAUCACGCAUUCCCGCGGCCACGUGAUCGAGGAGGCAGUGAUCCGUGGAUUUACUGA